GGGAGACUGCGCUCUGUGAUUGGUUGAUAAACCAGGUGGCGGGAGAUUGCUUUGUCUUACCCACCCCUAUCUCACUGUAUCCCAACAUCGCAAAGACAUGAGCAAAUCCAAGGAUGCUGCUGGUGAGUCUCUCACAUCUCUUGUGGGUGGGACAGCAACAGGCUCAUCUUUAUCUGAGAACAACUGGGAGUGGGACUGUGGGUCUAACACUGUAGAAAUUAUUUAAUAUGAAAUAAAAAAUACAAUUGAACAUCUUAAUAAUUCAUUUUUAUUUUAGAUUAUUUCUGGAUUGCCAGAAUUUGGGGAAGCCUGCUUUAAAGGGACACUGUAGCCACCCAGACCACUUCAGCCCAUUGAAGUGGUUUGGGUGCCAACUCCCAUCACCCUUAACCCUGCAAGUGUAAUUAUUGCAGUUUUUAUAAACUGCAAUAAUUACCUUGCAGUGUUAAGUUCUCCUCUACUGGCUCUCUACCAGACAGCCAUUACAGGGACUUCCGGCUUCUUAGACAACUUUUGGUCGUCUAAAGGAUGCUGGAUGUCCUCACGCUAUGCCUGAGGACCUCCAGUUUCGCUGAAAUCCCCAUAGGAAAGCAAUGAAUAAUUCUUUCCUAUGGGGAGGUCUAAAAGCAUGCGCGCACGGCCAUUGCUGCGCAUGCGCAUUAGGUCUCCCCCGCUUGUGGGCGAAAUCCUGACCCAGCGCUGAGAAACAUUGGCGCUGGAUUCAGGUAAGUAUCUGAAGAGGUUUUAACUCCUUAAGGACUGAGCCAAAUGUACGUGUUUUGAUCAAAAUAAAACGUAAACAAAACUUGGAAUUUUACUAUAUGUCUGUUCAACUGUAAUUCACCUCUUUUAUAUUAGUGCACCCACACUUAUUAUAGAUCAUUUUAUUCAGGUGAAAUAGGGCUUUCAUUUAACAUAACAUAUUUAGCUAUGAAACAUAAUUUAAUAUGUAAAAUAUAUUUUAAAAAUGUGAGUAAUUAAGCCUUUAAUUGUUUUUUAGUUCUGCAUGACAUUUUAACUGUGAAUGUCAUAAUACUGUUUGCUUUUACUGCAAUAAAAUACACAUAUUUGUAUUCAGCGAUGUCUCACAUGUAAAACGGUACCCCCUACGUACAGGAUUUAUGGUGUUUUGGGAAGUUACAGGGUCAAAUAUAGCAUGUUACAUUUUUCUUUUUCUUUUUUCACAUUGAAAUUCGCCAGAUUGAUUACGUUGCCUUUGAGACCGUAUGCUAGCCCAGGAAUGAGAAUUACCCCCAUGAUGGCAUACCACUUGCAAUAGUAGACAACCCAAGGUAUUGCAAAUGGGGUAUGUCCAGUCUUUUUUAGUAGCCACUUAGUCACAAACACUGGCUAAAGUUAUAUUUGAGUGUGAAAAAUGCAAAAAAAAAUAAUUUGAAUGCCAAUAACAUUGUGUAUAAAAGUUGGUUGCAGUUUGUCCCUUUUUGUUAGAGUUUACAUAUUGUACAUUGGUAUAAAUAUAAUGUAACUAAAAGUUUUUUUAGUUUUUUUUUUUUUUUCCCCCCAUUUAUUUAUUUUGUACAGCUGGAAACAUUAUUCUAAAAUAUCUAAAUGACCAAAAUAGACCUUACAGCGCUCAAGAUGUUUUUAGUAACCUGCAGCGGGAGCAUGGCCUGGGAAAAACGGUGAGUAAAAAUUAUUUAAACCCCUUAGUGACCGCGGACGUAUCAGGUACAUCCGACAAAAAAACGGUCCCUAUGGGUACUUAUCAGGUACAUCCGCGGGGAAUUGCAGCAAUGGGUCGAGGCACUCAGGAAAUAUUUUUGAAAAAAUUAUUAAAUUUUUUUUUUUUUUUUUUUUAAGGACGUGACGUCAUGAUUCCCUUGUAUUCCAGAAGUUUGGUCCUUAAGGGGUUAAAUUUAACCCCUGCUCUUGCUCCCUCUCCUCCCCAUGUACUUACCGAUCGCUGCCGUUCCCCCGCUGGCGAUCGGUCUUCUUUUUAGGAGGGACUGGCUGGGCUGUCCAAAUGUUUAAAAAAAAUAAAUAAAUAAAUAAAAUGUCUAAUAUAUCAUUCUCCAUGCGUGCUCUGUCAAUAUGUGCAUGUAUACAAAUGGACAACAGAUCUUAUUGACAGACCAUCUCUGUAUUCCAGGCUGUGGUCAAAGCAAUGGAGCUACUUGCUCAGCAAGGAAAGAUCAAAGAGAAGGUUUAUGGAAAACAGAAAAUUUACUUUGCAGAUCAGGUAAUGAGAGGAUGAGGGCCAAGGCUCCUGUGUGUGUUGUAGUGUUUUUUUUGUGUGUGUUUGUGUUUUUAAAAAGGCCUACAACUUGUGGAACCCACUGUAAAUGCCAUGCAAUUUUCAGGAGCAGUUUCCUAGUGUGAGUGAUUCAGAGCUCAAGGAUCUUGAUUCCAAAAUCACAGAACUCUCCAGCAAGCUUCAGAGUUCUCAGCAGAGUUCUCGCCAACUGGAGUCAGGUAUAAAAGCCACAUCGACUUUUCACAUUUCUAAAUCUCUUGCCUUAAUAACAUUAAGCGUACAGUUGAAGCAUGUUUGUUUUUUUCCUCUCCCCUUUGCCUGCCUUAUUCACCCCAGUAAACUCUUAAGUAGCGUUUUGCAUGGGGUGAGGAAACGAGAAAAUGACAGUUUCGUUUUACAAAAUAUACUGUUCUACAACUCUCUUUUAUAAUGCUUUGGAAUAAGUUUGGAUCAAUCACAUUUUAACUGAUACUACAAAAUAAGUUAUCAAUACAUUAUGCAACUUUUGAGAAAUAUAUGCUACCUAUCAUUGUUAUUCCUGAUAAGGCCAAUUAUGUUUGUGUGUCCCACCCUUCUAGAGUUGAAGGAUUUGACAAGCUCCAUGACCACCGAAGAGAUGAUGAAGGAAAUGGCACAGCUAAAAGAAGAAUGUGCCAGGUACCAGGAAAAACUGGUUAAAAUAAAAUCUGCCACCAACCAUGUGACUCCAGAGGAGAAGGAGAAGGUAGGAGUAUAUCUUCUAGUUUAAUUAUCAAUCUUGGAAAUUCAUUUUCAUAACAGUGGAAUAGGCACACAAAUCAUUUAGAUAAUCACUGAAAGCAAACUGGUUGACAAUGAGAUUUCAGAUUUUUCUCAUUUUUCCCUAUGGAUAAAGGCAGUACUCACAUGUGGGGUUCCAGCCACUUCUUCACUGGACAAGCAGAGCAUUGUAAUCCAAACCUUUUUAAAAUGAGGGACCUCCUCCAGUUUUUACCCUCUUUGGUAUAAAACAACUUUUCCCCCAUGAGCCCCCAUUUUCUGCCUGUCCACUGAUGCAGAGAAGGCCUUUGAUAGUGUAAACUAGGAGUUCCUGUUUGCUAUUUUGAUGUGUUUGGGAUUAGGACCACAAUUAUGUAGGUGGCUUCGAGCCAUAUACAAAUACCCCUCUGCUCGGAUCUGCCUUUGCCUUCUAACCCUUUUUAAACACCAUCAGAAACAAUCCCAACAUAUAUGGACUCUUGGUUGGGAACAGAUGCCACAAAAUUGCUGAUACACAAUGACUAUUUUAUGUUACAUUUCCAGAGGUGCAGAGCCUGAAUAUAAUUGCAUAGUUUUAGCUGUACAAUGACUUAUUCCACCUAAAUAUGAAUUAUUCAAAGUCUACUGUCCAAAAUGUCUCCCUUUUGGAGUCGUGCCCUUCCUUGAUCUUUUGGGGUUGCCCCUUGCAGUGGUCAGAUUCUGCCAUUAAAUACCUGAUGGUAUGGAUAUCAGAGUUAACAGAGAUUCUCUACCAUUUGAACUUCUUUCCAAUGCUUGCAUUGUUUCAUAGGGACCUUGACAACUAGGAGCUGCCAUACCUCUCCCGACUUGGUAGCAUUAGGGUAGUGAAAAUGAAUCUUAUCCCCCAUCUUCAGCAUUUCUUCUUGACGUUGCCUAUAGCAAUUCUUGGUACUUUAUUCUCAACCUUGCUCUCUCCACAUUUCGUAUACCUGGAGUAAGAGUAAAUCCAAGCAGAAAUUGUUGCAGCUCGACUUGCCAUAGCCCAUGGGAGGUUAGGUGGUCCUACAUUUUAAGAUGUUUUUUUACCAAGCUGACAACCUCUUGCAAGUGGUUGAUAGAGCACUGGGAAGACGCUGGAAUUUACAUAUUCUCUUAUUAAGGCCACCCUGUCCAUCUGGCACCAGGCUUAGAGGCUUCAGACCUGACUUCCCUGUUCCCUCAGUCACUUCCUCAGGUUAGACACAUGCUCGAAUCAGAUGAAUAUAUUGUAGUAAACUCACUAAUUGCUCUGAACCCACUUUCGUGAAACUGUUUAAUUACCAACAGGUAACAAACUGCCUUCUUAACCAGCAUUCCACAUGCCCAUGUAUUGACAUCCUUCGCGGGACUGUGCCUGGAGCAACACCCGAUGGAACAUGGAAAUUACUUUCUAUGUGGCACUCUCCAGCGACAGAUUGGAUGUCCUGCCCCGCACCCCUUUACAAACUCUUAUCACAAUGGUACUGCAUCCCGCAGGUGCUACAAUCAAUGGAUCCUUCCUGGGAUGGAGGCUUUUGAAUAUGCCAGAAAGUCCUGAACACCAUCUGCCACAUAUAGUGGGACUGCACUAAGAUAAAACCCUUUUUACAGAAGGAGUCAUGACAUGCUUGAAACGUGUUUUUUUGAUCUGCCUCCUUCCUGCUGCAUCACUCUACGACUGAGGCCUCUGCCUAUAAGAAAUGACCGUUCGAAUACUGAGAAACACCUUAUUCCUCUAUUCUGGAGAUGACCGCAGCCAUCUUCAGUGCAACUUUGAUUUACCAGGAUGAAGGAAUUCAGGGCAAUGUAGGAAUGAUAUUUGGCACCUUAGGCCACACCCAGACAUAUAUUAAGAUUUGGACCCAAUGUCUAGUGACGACUGCAUCCGAUGACUUUCAGACAACCUUAGUACUUAACUGACAUACUGUUAACCUUCCAAACGUUCAAAAUGUAUUAUACAACCAUUCGAUUCUGGUAUCCCCUUAUCCCAGAAGCCUAAAAUCAUCCUUCUGUUUUUUUUUUGUUUUUUUUUAAAUCAUCUCAUGAAAAUGUCAAUUCACGUUUAUAGUUGAUUUUUCAGAUUAUUUUUUUUUUUUCAACUAUGUAAAUUCCAGAGAAGUGUCAUCUUUCUCAUUUAACCUUUUUCUGAUUUAUUUAUUUUUCCUGAUACUAAGGCAAUGGUGAAUUUAGUUGCCCAUCUUUUGUGUUCCAUGCAGGUGUAUAGUGAAAGGAAGCAAUUUGGUAAGGAAUGGAGAAAAAGAAAACGAAUGGUAAGAUUUUAUUGGUUCUUGACUUAUUUGUUAUGAUUUUGAAUUCAUUAAAGAUUUUGACGGUUUAGUUAAUGAAGACACCACAUAGGAAUUCAUAGUCAAGGCCUAAUGGUGGGGAAUGCAUAAUGUGUGCACGACUGUUGCUGCUCAUUUGAGUUUUUCCCAUGCUGAUGUCUGGGGACCAAUAGCCCAAUCUAGCAACGAGGGUAAACUGUGCUUGAAUCAGGUAAGUGUUUUAAAGGAUUAUUUAACCUUUUCAUGGGUGGCGGAGUUGGAGUACAGAGGGAGAGGGACACUAUUGUUAGGAAUACAGUUUUGUAUUCCUAACACUAUUGUUCCUUUAAAUGAUUAUAUAUUAGGGGAAAGUCUGAUGGGGGAGGCGGCGGACUGUUCCAUCAGAAUUGAGCUGUCCAUGUGAAGUUCUUUAAGCACACGUUAGCAGUAUGGAUGAAAGCAGGAGAAGGUCAAAGCGGAGUGGCAUAGAAGCAGUUUACCUAUGGAUUGGUGCAAAAAUCUAGCUGCAGUAGAGUUGUUGAGAGCUUUGUAGGUAAGAGUUAAUAUUUUGACUGAAAUAAGAGAAAAAUAAGUGGCAGAAGCAAUUAUUAACUGUAUCAUGACUGUAUGGUUUCUGGAGAGACCAAUUAGGAGAGAAUUAUAGUAGUCGUGAGAAACUACAGGUGCAUGCACUUAAUAACAUAGCUUAAGAAAGGGGCACAUGCAGGCAAUAUUUUUCAAGGUGGAAUUGGCAACAGAUUAGAUACGAGGUGUAAUGGUGCGGUCAAAAGAUAACACCAAGGUAGUGAGCAGGCUGAUACUCGUAAAGGAGCAGGAUUACUAUUAUGAGGCUAUAAGAAGCUCGAUUUUUAGAUCUAGUGAGUUUUAGAAAGCAGGAGGACCUGCAUUUGUAGAUGGGAGAGAGAGACAACUGGAGGCUCUGUCUAGAACUGUGAGAUCAGGGAGAAGAGGUAUAUCUGAUUGUCAAUAGAAUCCAUUAGAAUUCAUGAGUUUGCCAAGUUGCAUAGUAUGAAAGAAAAACAGAAGGGGACUGAGAACAGAGGCGUAGGGAACUCCAACAAAGAACGGAUGAAGGGAGGAGGCUAUGCUAGAAAAGGAGACACUGAAGGAUCGCUGGGAGAACUAAGAUGAGAACAAAGUGUCACAAUGCCCGAGGUAGUGAAGAGUUUGGUGAAGGAGAAUAUGUUCGACAUUGUCAGAGGCAACAAUUGUGUGGCGUAGUGGCUUUUGGAUUUAGCUGCAAUUAGGUCAUUAAUUAGUUUAGUCAGAGCUUUCUCUGUAGUAUAGAAAAGGCAGAAGCUAGAAUGAAGAGGGUCAAGGAGGACUUUGAGAAAGUGACAGACUGUUCCAUAUUGUUGUAGAAGCAUUUAUAGAGAAAGGGAGCAGAGAUAUGGGACAGUAGUUAAAUGGGGUGAUGAGUCAAGAGACGUGGUGGGUUUUUUUUUUUUGUUUGUUUGUUUUUUUCAGAGAGGUACAACAGUAGCAUGUUUGGGGAGUGGGGACAAUGCCAGAAGAAAAAGAGCAUUUGGACAUGUGCGUUAAGGGCAGGAGAAGACCAGGGGAGAACUGAUAAUGUAAGUGGGAAUGGGAUCAAGGUGGGGUGAGAGGGACAGAGAAGUGUAGAUACCUUCUAUUUAGUAGCUGGGGACAAGGCCUUAAAGGUAAAAAGCACAGCCCAAGUGAGAUUGAGAGGGGGAGAAUUAUUUCCUUUAACGGAUUGAUUUUCUCCAUAAAAUAGUGUGCAAAGUUCAGCUGUACAUUUAGCAUGGGGAGUGACCACAGCAGGGCAAAGCAGAUAGUUGAAGGAAUCAAAGAGAUACCUUGGAUUGUGAGAGUAUGUACUAAUGAGAGAGGAAAAGUAGCAUGAAUAUGUAAUGGAGAAAAUUAUUGACACGGUGCAAGACUUCCUCCAGAGUGUUUUUAUAGGUAGUGGCACGGUUGAAGGCAGAAAUCCACCUUGAGUUAUAUGAUUUGAAUGGGCCUGCAUUGUCAAGGGCAGAAGUGAGGGUGAUGCACAAUGAGAAUGUAGGGAUGGAUUAGAGUUGAGAGUGGAGUUAAGCUGACAGUUUCUGAAGUUCAAGAGAAUUACCAGAUUUUACUAAUUACAUGACGUAAAGUCAUGAUUUUAUAAAGGACACGGAGGCUCUUAUUAGGCUUUAUCUCUUUCUUUAUUCCUCAGGAGCAAAGAAAGGAUAUUGAUAUUUUUUAAUAUAGCAAUAACAAAAAGAGAAAACAAAUACCCUUAAGGGUUAACCAUAUAACAUUCCAUAUCCAUUAACCAAUAGGAUCAGUCCUUGUACUAUAUCCCUUCAUGUGAGGUAAACUACUUCCUCUUUCUGGCUGACGCCGAAGCUGAACACAUCAACAAGGAAAAAAAUUUCUCAAACUUGGGUAAUCUUUCGUAGGGGUUCCGGCGAAUGUUCCAAAUAAUGUCGAGAUAGUGGACGAUCCCGGUUAUGUCAUCACAGGGUUAAGCUGUAGGAGACAGAGAGAUAUAUGGUAAAAUAUAUUCGAAUAUCGUUGUCAUGCAUAUAUGUUGUACCGGUCCUUAGACAAACGUUUAUAUCUGAAAACAUUGCUUGCGACAUUCUAGCAUAAAUCAGUCUAAAUUGCAGUUAUUACCUUAUAACUUAGAUUCUAAACAUCCAAAAUGCUAUAACUUGUUUAUGAGCGAGUGGGUGGGAAAAAAUGCAUGUACGGCUUACCUUUCAGUGGGCGGGCUAAUACUCGCCUCCGUGUCCUUUAAAAUCAUGACUUUACGUCAGGUAAUUAGUAAAAUCUGGUAAUUUUAUUAAAGGACACGGAGGCUCUUAUUAGGCUAGUUUAAAGCUGUGAUAUGACCCUAGAUGAGAUAUGUUCUGUUGGUCUAAAGUAGUAUUCCUUGAAUGUCGAUUCUCGGGACCAGUUAGCUGUGCGGAGGAGGUCUUCCAGUUUACAUCCAAUGGAGAAUGCUUUAGAGGCCAUAGCGCCUCUGGUAGAGUGUGCUCCGUAAGCGGCCGUGUCGAUGUUAGCAUUUGACAUUAUCCAUUUCACCCAACGUGUCAGAGUUCCCGUGGAUACUGGUUGAUGAGGUUUCCUCACUGCCAAGAAUAAAUUAUGUGUGUUUGGGUUCCGGAAUGGCUGGGUCCGUAAUUCAUAUUCCUGCAGGCAUGCUACCGGGCAGAGGUUAGCGUUGUGAGGAAAGGAGGGAUAGAAGACUGAAGUGGUGUUCGACUUUGUACGUCUGGUGAUAUUAAACAGGACACCAUCCGGUGUGAAUGAUCGUGCAUCGAUAUCCAAGGCCCUCACGUCUGAUACCCGUUUGCAGGAAAUUAAGCAUAGAAGCAUCGCCAAUUUUGCAGACACUUGCUUGAGUGUUAGGUUCGAGUUUGGGGGCCAAUCUUGCAACAAACGAAGGACCAUAUUCACAUCCCAUAGGGCCGUGUAACGAGGUUGUGGCGGACGUGCAAAUUUUAUGCCCCGUAGGAGACGACAGAUCCAUAAGUGCUUCCCAGCCGGGAAACCUUCCCAACCAGUGUGCCCAGCUGAAAUCGCUGACCUGUAGACAUUUAUGGUGCGAUAAGCCAAGCCUUGAUCAUAAAGGGUAGUAAGGAAACCCAAAACCUGGUUUAUAGGAGCACGUAUGGGAUCCACGUGCCGUUCCACGCACCAACUACACCAUGUGUUCCAGGCAUGGGCAUAGGAACGUCUUGUCCCUGGGGCCCAAGCUCCUGCCAAUAAGUCCAAAGUUGCUUGUGAAACAUUCGGCAUGGUCCAGGGUCCCCGGAGAGGAGCCAUGUGAGGAGUCUGAGAUGACCUUGCACCAGAAGUGGAUGAGAGUUCCCAUCGGGGUCUGAUAAUAAUUCCGUGCUCCCUGGAAUCAAUCUGGGGAGGUCGAUUGACAUUUCCAUGAGCGAAGGGAACCAUGGCUGUGCUGUCCAGAACGGUGUUAUCAAAACCAACGAUGCUCGGGAGCGCUGUAAGUGUAGGAGAGUUCGCGCUAUGAGUGAGAAAGGGGGGAAGGCGUAUAGCCUGGUGUUCGGCCAAUUUUGUAGGAAGGCAUCCACUGCCGUGGCGUCUGGGUCCGGUCUCCAGCUGAAGAAUGAGGGGAGUUGAGCAUUCAGUCGGGAGGCAAAAAGGUCGAUGUGCAUCGGUCCCCAGAGUUGGUGGAGCUUCUGGAAUACUGUGCGAUUCAAUCGCCAUGCACUGUUGUCUCGUAAAUGCCUGGAGUGCCAAUCCGCUACGGUGUUGGAGAGGCCUGGGAGGUAUUCCGCCUGUACGGAUAUGUUGCGACUCAGGCAGAAAUGCCAGAAUUCUUUCGCCAAGUUCGUGAGGGUUGAGGACCUCGUGCCACCCAAGUGGUUGAUGUAGCGGACGGCUGAGACAUUGUCCAUGCGCAGGAGUAUGGAACAAUUGGUCGUGUGUCCGAGGAGGCUCCGUAGGGCGAAUGACCCAGCCAGGAGUUCCAAACCAUUGAUGUGGAGUUCUUUUUCUUCGGAAGACCAUUUUCCACCUGUAGAGGUAGGACCACAGCGGGCCCCCCAUCCCAGUCUGCUCGCGUCGGAUUCUAUGACUAGAUCCGGAGUGGCGCCGAAGAUUGCCUUGCCGUUCCAUGCUUCCAUGUGUUGAAGCCACCAUGCCAGUUCCUCUUUUGCCGCGCAGUCUAGAGGUACAGAAUCUGAAUAGGAGUGACCCAAGCGUAGGUGAGUUGCCUUGAGUUGUUGUAGGGAUCUGUAGUGGAGAGGGCCUGGGAAGAUCGCUUGUAUAGAGGCCGAGAGCAGGCCAAUUAUCCUGGCUAGCUGUCGGAGGGUUAAGACUGGUCGAGUCAACGUCCUCCGGAUUUCCUUCUUUUUUUUGUCAUUCACUUUUUAUUAUUGUUUCACAUAUCCUGUACAGGAUACCAAUCAAAGGCGUUAUACAGUGAGGAAACAGAGAAACAUGAAAAAAAAAAGGCAACAUUCCCUUUACAGCGGUUGUGUGGCAAUUUGUCCCUUUUCCUCCCUUCCCUUGCAGCGGUCUUCCCGUCUGAUCCCCGCCCUCCCACCCCCCUCCCCUAUCCGUCCUACGCUUACAUGCUCUAUGCUAUCAUUGCUUGCAGACACAGUACCUACAAUUUCCGCCCAUCGAGUAGCGUUGUUCAUUGUAUAGAGGCCUGAGCCUGCCACUCGCCCAUGUUAUAUGGACCCCCUCUAGGGCUACCAACUUUCCUCUCGCCUUACAUCCUGGGGUUUAGUUCGCCUCACUGUGAAGACUAUGGGGCUCUCUCUACCUCCUGUCGGAAACGGGUAUAACUCUGUGGGACCCCUCACUCGGUCUGGGUCCCGUCCAGGAGGAUGGUGUUGGUUUAGUUACCUGCAUCUCCACCUCCAAUGGUGGGACCCUCGGGGUGGAGGGCUCCCGUCCGUGUUCCCGGCGGAUGUCCGCCUGUGUCGACCAGUGCCUAUCCUGUUCUUCCCGUAUCUAGUAGGGUGCUGUCGACCUUAUAGUCUUGUCACCCUAUUACCCUAUUUGUAUCUAUUGGUCUGGAGCGGUCUUAAGUUCUCUCUGUCGGGAAGAGUCAGAUGUUGUGUUAGCGUCCGACGAGGGUUAUGGGUGUCCUACUAGGCUUACUGUGUAAUACGUCUUGAGUCGGUGUGGCCUCGGUCUUACUGCUACUCAUGCUGCACCCUUCUCAAGGUAGGAGCUCCAGGGAUACCAUUUGAAGGCGCACUUGUCCGAGCGCUCCUGCAGGGAGGCCGUCACGAGUUCCAUUUCGUGGAUGGCUUCCACUCUAUCCACCCACUGUCUAUAUGUGGUGUGAUAAAGUGAAGGCAGAUAGGCCUUUUAACCCCAGGGGGAGUAUGUGUAAGAUGUGUUGUAGGCAACACAAAACACUGUUUACUUAUGGGCCCCUGGGGUGGAGCACUUGGAGAGAAGGGUGGGCCAAUGCUCCACUCCACAGUUUAGUGGUUUUCUGGGGAGACAUAGAUCCAGGCCAGGGUUUUUUGGAUUGUCUCCAACCCACUGCUCAGCUGCAGUUAAUGAGCUAUUGCAGUGGGAAUAAACUCCUCCCGGCUAGGCAGGAAAAGGAGAGUAAUUGCUGGCUUCCUCCCAGGAAGCAGGUAGGAGAGAAAGGCUGUUCUCUCCAGAUAGUCAAGGCUGGCUUGGAGCACUGGGAGUGCAGAAAGGAAGCAGACAGGGCAAGACUGGCUUGGAGCACUGGGAGUGCAGAAAGGAAGCAGUCAGGGCAAGGCUGGCUUGGAGCACUGGGAGUGCAGAAAGCAAAGCAGUCAGGGCAAGGCUGGCUUGGAGCACUGGGAGUGCAGAAAGCAAAGCAGUCAGGGCAAGGCUGGCUUGGAGCACUGGGAGUGCAGAAAGGAAAGCAACAGGUUAGAUAGCAGAGCGUUGCUCUCUAAUAAGGUUGGUGCAAUAUUGUGUUUAGUUUAACCCUGAGAGAUAGGGAACUAAUGUCAGUUAGUGCUCAGACGAGCUAGGUGUUUGUUUAUAGGGUUUUCUGUUACUUUAUGUUUUAAUUUACUGCUGUAUCCUGUGUGGAUUUACAAAUAAAGUGCCUGAGUAUAUGCAAUUACAAGGACUGUGCAUGUUUUUGCCCUAGAGGACCGUGCUACCUGGUGACAAGGAUCACAGUGGGGAUUGUCUGGGCCUUCCAGUGUAGGGGUAUGAGUGUUUUGGCUGCGGUGAGCAAUUGUAUGGUGAGCGAGUUUUUGUAUUUGCUCAGGGGUGUAGGUGUAUGGUUCAGGAGCAUCUGCAAGGGUUGGAAGGGGAGGUCUGUGUCUGUAAUCUCCCUGAUCUUAGUAUUAAUCAUCUGCCAAAAUGGAGCUAUGUGUGGGCAAGACCACCAAAUGUGCAGAUAUGAGCCUGGUUCCGUCCCACAACGCCAACACUCCCCCACGUCCGCCCGUGUCAGGUGUCUAAGAGUAUCAGGUGUGCGGUACCACCGUGUCAAAAGUUUGUAACUAGUUUCUUGAAAUUUGGAACUAAUCGAGCACUUAUGGGUCAGCAGAAAGAUUUUUCCCCAUUCUAGAUCCGUCAACUGGGUUCCAGUCUCUUGUUCCCAUCUACCGGUGAAUCCCAAGGGACCCGAAUCUGCCGUCCGCAUGAGGGACCCGUACAUACGGGAAACACCGUGUUCGAUAUGUUUCCUAUCGGUGCAUAGUUGUUCAAACUCUGUAAGCUGCCUAUGUAUAUGGGCCUUCCCCGGUAGGUGUGCGUGAUAUGCCUUUAUCUGGUGAUAAUGGAAAGAGUCCAGCGGCGUGGGGAGUCGAUUUCUCCCAUUAGGUCCCGUAAGCUUCUGAUCUUGCCACCCUCGCUCCAUUGAUGUAGAUAGUUCCAGUCCGAGGCUUGGAAGCGUGUAAGAGCCGCCGGAUAUAAUCCUGCCGCCAGGUCUGGAUUAAACGUGAUGGGAGUCAAGGGGUUCGGGGAAGUCGUCAGCUGCCGGGCGUAGCGCAGCUUACACCAGACUUUCAGUGUGGCGUCUAUGAUAGGGUUAGUAGUCUGAAGGUCCCUAUAGGUGGCUCUCCCCAGCCAUAGUCUGGAUGGGAUGCCUCCUCGCGUUUGUUCCUUCUCCAGGGUCACCCAUCGUUUAGGUCCCGGGAGGGCGUGCCAAUCGAUUAUCCUGUGCAGGUGCGCGGCUUGAUAGUACAUGAGUAAAGAUGGCAACCCCACUCCUCCUUCCAUCUUGGGGCGCUCUAGGGUCGCCCGGCGGAUACGCGUCUGUCUCUGGUUCCAUACAAACUUGCGUAUGACCGUGGUUGCUAACCGGAAGAAUUCCUGUGGGAUCUGCGUGGGCAGGGUUGCAAACAGAUAAAGCAGUCUCGGAAGUAUAUUCAUCUUGAUUGCGCUAAUGCGACCGAACCAUGUGAGAUACAGUCCUGACCAUCGUGCCAGGUCCUGUUGUAUAGUUGUGAGCAUAGGAAGGAAGUUGAGUUGGUACAGGAGGGAGAGGUCCUUCGGCAGCCAGGUGCCCAGGUAGCGGACUUUUGUUUCCCGCCAGGCAAAGGGGAAUUGCGAGCGGAGGUGGUCGGCAAGGUCCCUCUCGCGUGUUAUCAGCCUGGCUUCCGACUUAUCAAGAUUCAGUUUUAGGUGUCAAGGUUGGACACUUUACCAUACGCGGCAAACGCUUGUAAUAAGUUUGGUAUGGAGAUCACGGGCUGCUCCAGGAAGAAGAGCAUGUCGUCCGCGUAGGCUGCCACCCUGUGUUCUUCGCUCCCUAUCCUAACCCCCGUUAUUCCCCCAUCCCGUCUGACCGCCUCCAGGAACGGUUCCAGGGUGAGGGCAAACAGGAGGGGGGACAAGGGGCAGCCCUGCCGGGUCCCAUUGCUGAUGGAAAAGGCUUCUGUCAGGGCCCCGUUGACGCGUAUCCUUGCUGUUGGUGUGGUGUAUAGGGCUGAAACCCAGCCGCGCAUGUAGGGCCCUGUCAGGGUACCUGUUGGUGAUGUAUCCAGGGAGGACAUCCUCUCUGCUUAGGGCCUCCCUGCCCCUAGCAUUUCGGCAUAUUCCGGCCGUUUUCGCGCCGGCCGCGCUAGCUCCUCCCCCUUUUAUGACGCGACGGCUAGCGUCGACGUCAUGACGUCGGCAUUUGCAUAAAGUGCCGGGAACCGCUAUUCCGGACCUUUUGGGGGCGUGGUCUCUAUUUAGGUACAGGGUAUUUAAAGGAAACCUUUACUACUGCUCAUUGCCCUGUCGUGGUUCUAGCUUGCUAGUCACUCAGCGCGUUCUUUAUCUUGUGUUUCCGGUUUUGACCCUUGCUUGUCUUUUGUCCUGUUGUCCUCUCCUCUCCUUUGACUCGGCUUGUAUCUCGCUUACCUGUCCUCCGGCUCCCUUGACCUCGGCUUACCUUUUGACUAUUCUUGCUUUGUCCUUACGUUAGUCCGGCCAUUCUAAGGUCCGGUAUACGUACCUCCUUCUGUGCGCACUCUGCGUAUUGGAUCCCUGUCACUUUCCUGACAUUACGACAGGGCCAUGAUGGAUCCUGCAGGUGCUAGCCCUCCUGACCCCAGAUUUGAGGCCAUGGACCAUAGAAUGGACCAAAUGGCUUUAGCGUUACAAACUUUGUUAACACGCUCCAGUACCCAGUCUGAAGAAAUACGUUCCACUGCUAGCCAAUCGCUAAGUACUGGUUUGGAAGUAGCCACUGUAGGCGCAUCUUCCCAUGUCACGUCACCUUUACGAUAUGGGGGUUCGCCUGAUGCUUGUCGUGGUUUUUUAAACCAGAUAAGCAUACAUUUCGAACUACAACCCCGGGCUUAUCCCACUGACAGGGCUAAGGUAGGCUUUAUUAUAACCCUGCUAAUAGAUAAAGCACUUAGAUGGGCCAAUCCCCUUUGGGAGAAUGACAAUCCUUUAGUCUACAACUACACUGCGUUUGUCACGGCUUUUAGAAGAACCUUUGACCCCCCAGGGAGGAAGAUUAAUGCGGCCAGAUCCCUGUUACGCCUUAAACAACAAGAUAGGACCCUUGUAGAAUAUGCUCUAGAGUUUAGAUCAUUGGCAGCAGAAGUGAAAUGGAACGAACAAGCUUUUAUGGAUGUUUUCUUGAAUGGGUUGUCUGAUGAAAUUCUAGAUGAAAUUGCCACAAGAGAACUUCCGGAAAAUUUAGAGGAUUUAGUAUCCUUCAUUUCCAGAAUAGAUGAACGCAUGAGACAGAGGCAGAACACUCGGGAAAGAGUUACUAGACUUCCUGUAAGACUCGCUCCCUCAUUUCAGAACCCUGACUCCUAUAAUCCCACUCCACCAGAACCUAUGCAAAUAGGUAAUACUCGCUUAUCUGAGGCUGAGAGACAGUACAGAAGAAGGGAGGGUCUCUGUUUAUACUGCGGGCGGAGAGGUCACCUACGUCUUAGUUGCCCUAAUCGUCCGGGAAACGCUCGCACCUAAGUUCCCUUAGAGGACGGGCCUUGGGUGUUUCAUUACUGUCCUCUAUGCAUAAUAAAAAGACCAUAGGCUUCUGAUUCCUGUCUCUCUAGCUUGGGAAAAGGGGUUUAUUGCUACAAUGGCAUUAUUAGAUUCUGGAGCAGCAGAAAGCUUUAUAGACCAAACUUUCGCUAAUAAGCAUGGUAUCCCAUUCCAAUUGAGAGAUACACCCUUGGCCGUUGAGGCCAUAGAUGGUAGACCUUUAUCUGAACCAGUAAUAUUCCAUGAGACCGAACCCGUUAAGCUUACUGUUGGUAUUUUCCACGAGGAGUUGAUUUCCCUUCUGUUAAUUUCCUCCCCGGCAGUCCCAGUGGUACUAGGAUAUUCUUGGCUCAAGAGACACAACCCUCAGAUUGACUGGGAGGGUGGAGAAAUCGUUUCUUGGGGUAUGGGUUGUAGGAAAGAAUGUCUGCAGAGAGUUACUUCUGUUUGCCCCGUAAACUCUUAUGUUAACACUUCUCAAUCCACAGACAUUCAGAUACCAUUACAAUAUCUAGACCUCAAAUCUGUAUUUGACAAGGGUAAGGCGGAUACUUUACCUCCCCACCGGUCUUAUGACUGUUCUAUUAAACUUUUCCCUGGUACUAUGCCUCCCAGGGGUACGGUAUACCCUCUAUCCACCAAGGAAAACUUAGUUUUAGAGGAAUAUAUCAAGGAGAAUUUAGACAAAGGAUUUAUUAGAAAGUCUUCUUCUCCGGCGGGGGCGGGUUUCUUUUUUGUAGAAAAGAAAGACGGUACCUUACGUCCUUGUAUAGACUAUCGGGGAUUGAACAAAAUUACUAUCAGAAAUGCUUACCCUAUUCCUUUAAUUACUGAACUCUUUGACAGACUAAGAGGCUCGAGUAUUUUUACCAAACUUGAUUUAAGAGGAGCAUAUAACUUAGUGCGAAUUAAACAAGGAGAUGAAUGGAUGACAGCAUUUAAUACCCGUUACGGGCAUUAUGAGUAUACCGUAAUGCCGUUUGGGCUUUGUAACGCCCCGGCCGUCUUCCAAGACUUGAUCAAUGAAGUUCUUAGAGAAUUCCAACAUGAAUGUGUAAUUGUAUAUUUGGAUGAUAUACUAAUCCAUUCUAGAGACAUUAAUUCACAUCAUAGACAAGUCAGAAAGGUAUUACAGAAACUUUUACAACAUGGAUUGUAUUGUAAAUUGGAAAAAUGUAGCUUUGACCAGUCUCAGGUAACUUUCUUAGGUUACGUAAUUUCCAAAGACGGGUUUAUGAUGGACCCGACCAAACUAAAAUCGAUUUUAGAUUGGCCUUUACCUAAGGGACUCAAAGCCAUACAAAGAUUUCUUGGAUUUUCUAAUUAUUACAGACGUUUUAUUAAAGGGUACUCCUCUGUUAUCGCUCCUAUCACUAAUAUGACCAAACAAGGAGCCGAUACCAAAACCUGGUCUACUGAGGCUUUAUCUGCUUUCGAAACGCUCAAACAGUCUUUUGCCUCAGCACCUGUAUUAGUUCAUCCUGAUACCUCUCUACCCUUUUUACUUGAAGUUGAUGCGUCUGAAACAGGGAUAGGCGCAGUGUUGUCCCAAAGACAAAGUUUAGAUAAGCCGCUGCACCCUUGCGGUUUUUUUUCCAAGAAACUAUCACACACUGAAAGGAGAUAUGACAUUGGUGAUAGAGAACUUUUAGCUAUCAUUAUGGCAUUAAAGGAAUGGAGACAUUUGUUAGAGGGCACCGUCCUCCCAGUUACUAUCUUGACUGACCACAAAAAUUUAUCGUAUAUGGGGGAGGCCAAAAGAUUAUCUGCCAGGCAGGCACGUUGGUCUAUGUUCCUUACACACUUUAAUUAUAUGCUUACUUACAGGCCUGGUUCUAAGAACACUAAGGCAGACGCUUUGUCACGCCAGCACGAACCUAUCACCUCUACAGAGGACACUUUGUUCCCUAUUAUUCCUGAAGUCAAUAUUAUUGCCAACACCAAUGUCAAAAUACACUCUCCAUUGCUCGCUGAUAUUAUGAACGAACAAUCUCUUGCUCCCGAACGUACUCCUGUGGGCCGCUUGUUCGUGUCCCCCAAAUUCCAAGUGGACAUUAUUCGCUGUUUCCACGAUAGCAAGUUCGCUGGUCACCCCGGCAUCCACAAAACUUACUGCCUGAUCUCCAAAGACUUCUGGUGGCCCGGAUUACGUAGGGAUGUGGAAGACUUUGUCAAGGCUUGCAAUGUUUGUGUCAGGAAUAAACUUCCGCGGGAUCUCCCUUGUGGUUUAUUGCAGCCCUUAGUCGCUCCCAACAAACCUUGGGCUUGUUUGGCUAUGGAUUUUAUUGUUGAUCUACCAGCUUCCAAUAGGCAUACAGUUAUCCUCACGGUCCUUGACAGGUUUACUAAAAUGGCUCAUUUCGUUCCCUUGCCUAAACUUCCGUCCUCCCCCGAACUGGCCGUGAUAUUUGCUAGAGAAAUUUUCCGUUUACAUGGUAUUCCCAAUGAGAUUGUGUCAGACAGGGGUUCCCAAUUUAUUUCCCGUUUUUGGAGAUCCUUCUGUUCACAGUUGGGCAUCAAACUGAAUUUUUCUUCGGCCUAUCAUCCUCAAUCUAACGGAGCAGCCGAACGCACUAACCAAAAAAUUGAGCAAUAUCUACGUUGUUUUGUUUCUGAACACCAGGAUGACUGGGUCGGUCUGAUUCCUUGGGCGGAGUUUGCUCACAACAACCUUGUUUGUGGUUCCACUCAUAAUAGCCCCUUUUUCUUGAACUAUGGCUUUAACCCUACUGUUCUUCCGUCGGUGUCUCCUUCCCAGGGUAUACCGUCGGUUGAUAUUCAUAUAGCCAACCUGAGAAAGUUGUGGGAUCAGACUCGACAAAUUCUUGAACGUAGUUCCGCGGUGUUUAAGUCACAUGCUGAUAGGCGUAGACGUCCUGCUCCUAUUUUUUCUCCGGGGGAUAGGGUCUGGUUGUGUACCAGACACAUUCGCCUGAAAGUUCCUUCCUUGAAGUUUGCUCCUCGUUACAUUGGUCCUUACAGGGUACUGAGGAGGAUCAACCCGGUUUCUUAUUUGCUGGAUCUACCUCCUACUCUACGCAUCCCUAACUCUUUUCAUGUGUCGUUAUUGAAACCUCUUGUUUGUAACAGAUUUUCCUCCCGCUCUGCUCCUCCAUCCUCGGUCCGUGUGGAUGGUCAGGAGGAAUAUAUCAUCAAGUCCAUCCUUGAUUCUCGUAUUUCUAGGGGGAAGCUGCAAUACCUCAUAGACUGGAAAGGCUAUGGUCCAGAAGAGAGGUCUUGGGUUCCUGGUAUAGACGUGCAUGCUCCUCGUCUUCUUCGGGCCUUCCACGUUCGUUUUCCUUCUAAGCCAGGUCCCAUCCGCCCGGUGGGCGUUUCUAGAAGGGGGGGUACUGUCAGGGUACCUGUUGGUGAUGUAUCCAGGGAGGACAUCCUUUCUGCUUAGGGCCUCCCUGCCCCUAGCAUUUCGGCCCGUUUUCGCGCCGGCCGCGCUAGCUCCUCCCCUUUUAUGACGCGACGGCUAGCGUCGACGUCAUGACGUCGGCAUUUGCAUAAAGUGCCGGGAACCGCUAUUCCGGACCUUUUUGGGGGCGUGGUCUCUAUUUAGGUACAGGGUAUUUAAAGGAAACCUUUACUACUGCUCAUUGCCCUGUCGUGGUUCUAGCUUGCUAGUCACUCAGCGCGUUCUUUAUCUUGUGUUUCCGGUUUUGACCCUUGCUUGUCUUUGUCCUGUUGUCCUCUCCUCUCCUUUGACUCGGCUUGUAUCUCGCUUACCUGUCCUCCGGCUCCCUCGACCUCGGCUUACCUUUUGACUAUUCUUGCUUUGUCCUACGUUAGUCCGGCCAUUCUAAGGUCCGUUAUACGUAUUCUCAUUCUGUGCGCAUUUGCGGGGAUCCUGUCACUUUCCUCUGACAGGCCGAAGCCCAUGUGUCGCAGCGUCUCAGCCAAAAAGACCCAGUCGACCCGGUCAAACGCCUUUUCGGCGUCAGUCGAUAGGAGGACCGUAGUUUUCUGGGCCUUACCAGCCACGUGUAUAAUGUUAAGCGCUCUUAUGGUGUCGUCCCUCGCCUCCCUGCCCGGAAUGAAGCCCACCUGGUCCGGGUGGACAAGAUCCGGCAUGAUCCUCAUGGAUAGGGCCUUAGUAAAAAGCUUCAAGUCCGCGUUUAAUAGCGAGAUAGGCCGAUAACUUGCACAAUUAGCGGGGUCCUUGCCUUCUUUGGGGAUGACCGUGAUUGUAGCCGCUAGGGAGUCCGCGGGGAAGCUCCCCGUGUCCCGUAAGGAGUUCAGACCCAUCAAAAGGCGCGGUAGGAGCGUGUCCUGGAACGUUCGGAGAUAGGCGAGCGGAAAGCCAUCUGGUCCUGGGGCCCUAUGUGGUUUGGACCGUUUCAAGGCUGCGUUGAGCUCCUCCAGCGUCAGGGGGCACUCCAUUUCUUCGGCAAGCUCCGGUGACAGUCUGCGGGUUACGUUGGUAUCUAGAUAUUCGGCGAUUCCCCUCCGCCUGUGCUGUUCUGAGGCUUCUCGGGUACCUGUCCGUGAGUUGUAGAGGUCCGUCUAGUAGGCCCGAAAGGCUCCCAUGAUUCCAGUAGGCAUGCUGUGGAUCCUACCCUCUCGGGUACAUAUCUUAUGAAUGUGAGAUGAUCUCCUCUGUUUCCGGAUCAUUCUGGCCAAGAGUUUGCCGCACUUAUUAGAGUACUCGUAAAAAAACCGGGCCGACUUCCUUAGGGUGAGUAAGUGUCCCUGGGAGAGGUGGUCCCGGAGUGCCUUCCGUGCAUUCGUCAAUUGGAGGUAUGUGUCAUCGUCUACAGUCUGUUUGUGCGUGUUCUCCAGCGUUGCUACCGUCUUCAGGAGUUCUGCUAUACGGUGCGCUUUCUCCUUCUUACGCUUGGUACCUAUGGAGAUAAAGUGUCCCCUCAAAACACAUUUGUGCGCCUCCCAUACCAUUAGUGGUGCCACAUCCGGGGAAUCAUUGUCUGCAAAAUAUUGGGUAAGGAGUUGUUGGGCUGUGGAGCGCGCCUCGAGGUCCGACAGUAACGUCUCAUUGAGCCUCCAUUGACGGUCUGCUGGUUUGAAUAGAGGCGAGCGCAUCUGCACCGUGACCGGGGCAUGGUCCAGGUGGCACGUGGUCCCUAUUGCGGCGCCCUGGAGUUGUGUCAGGAAUUCCUGGGGCAGAAAGAUGUAGUCAAUACGGCUAUACUGCUUAUGUGUAGGGGAAUAAUAGGUAUAAUCCCUCUCUUCAGGGUGGGUAACCCUCCAGCUGUCGACCAACCCUACCGAGUUAAGGGCCCGUCUGGCCUUGUGAAGACAGUGUGUGGGUAUGGCGCUAGAGCCCUUCGAGGAAUCCACCCGCGGGUCCAACAGCAGAUUCAGGUCACCCGCCAGAACCACAAAUCCCUCCCUAAAUCGUUCUAGUUUCGCUAACGUUUUGGCUAGGAAGGUGUGUUGUGCUCGGUUCGGGCUAUAGACACAGGCGAACGUGUAGGCGUGGUCCGCUAUGGUACCCUUGAGGAAUAGGUAUCUCCCGCCUGGGUCUGUGAGUAAUUCUUUGUGUUGGUACGGGAUCAAAUGUGAGAAAAGGAUUGCGACGCCCGUCUUCUUGGCGUCUGGGUGACAUGCAUAGUAUCCUUGUGGAAAUCGGUUGUUUCCGAGCUUGGGGUGGGCCCCACUCACGAAGUGCGUCUCCUGCAGGAACGCCACGGACACCCUCUCCGCCCAGAGCUGACGCAGCAACUGGGAGCGUUUCUCCGGGAUAUUAAGGCCCCUGGCAUUGUGCGACCACAGCUUUAGCUGCGCCGGGCGCACCCGAGACCCGGUCUCCGCCCCCUCACGUCCCCCAGCCCGACCCACCACCGGGGCCGCCAUAGGCACCAGUGUCCACCCGCGACCCGGGAGCGAGGCGGGGGAGGGGGCGCGGGAGUCAGAGCCGAGCUCCACCCGCAAGUGCAGUUAGGAAAUGCAACGUCCGACCUUGGUCCGGGGUAACGUCUAGUAGUCCCUUACCUACUGACCGUCUAGACUCCGGCCCUUAUAUACAACUAAGGUCUGUUGCGUGGGGUGUGGUAUAAACCACUUGUGUCGCCUGUCGCUCGUAUAUGUAGUGUCCGUCUGUGACCGGCCCCUCAGUCUCCCCCAACCCGCUGGUGGGAGUGUCCGUCGCCUGUAAUCCCUGGGAGUAAAGGGGGUCCCUGCCCCGGGGUCCCCGCCGUCCCCCACUAGGGAACCUCCCCCUCCGUUUGCCUUGCUGCCCUCGGACUCUACAUGACGGGCCUCCUCCCCCCUUUCCCCCCAGAGGUCCCCCGGGCUCUGGUACCGCUUGUGACCUAUUGGUUACUUAAAUUUCCUCUUGAAUGGCUAGGCUUCUUCGCCGCCCUAUGACCCUAAAUGGGCCCCCCGCUGAUCUUCAAUCUGGUACCCCAACAUCUGUCCUCCACGUGUAUUAUCGAACCAAAACAUUAACACUUAACAACUGGGCCUAACCUGUACUGCGAGCGCUGCUCUAAGACACCUUCUUUGGUCUGCCCCGGCAUCUUGUCUCUGGACCCCCUUUAUGAGCUCCCAUGUCCCUGCCCCGUGGAGAAUUGUAAAUUGUGGUGUAGUAGGUUUUGUUUUUUGUUUUUUUUUUCUCCCCCCCCCCUUAACUUCUUGUAUGCCCUCCUCUCUCACUCUCGCCUCUUCCUGGCCUCGUGUAGCUGGGAACCCCUGCCACAAAUAGCCAAAGGCCCCCCCAGGCCCGCCCCUCCCCAUCUAAACCUAUCCCCCGCAAAGUCUCCAACUGUCCAGCCGGGCACCCAGGUGAACCCCCCGAGGUUCAGCAGACCCCCCCCCUCAUCCCCUGCUAUGGAGCAUUCCCCCCUGCGGAGUCCCAAAAGCUGAAUGCGUACAUGGCCCGUCCCCAACCCCGGACUGUUCCGUCCCACCCCCCGAGGCUACCCCCCUCCCAAACUUUACCGGAGCCCACCUGCUACCGGGGCGGGGGGGGACCCCACAGAACUGGGUCCGGGGGCAGCCCCCCCAGCCCCGAUCUUACCCAAUCGGGGGGCCGCAUGCGGCUCUGCUACCAGGCUCCAGGGUGGGCAUUCAGCUGUACGUCGGCGCCCCCCUCACCGGGGUCUCAGUCUCUGCAGGUCCACCUGGGUGUCGUGUACGGCCGCAUAGGUCAGCUCGUCCCAUACCCCCCUGAGUCCAGAGUCCCCAAUUUCCCUGUCAGGUGCCGGGGGAGUCCAGGUGUCUGUUCACUCUUCUGGACCUCCCGGGCCGCGCCGGCGAGGUCCCAAUGAUGCUGCCGCUGAGAGAGUUUCUGCCGGGACAUCAGGGCCCGUCGGACGGGCCGGCGGGCACUCCAGAAUCCAAUUCGGCACCACUACAUGCGGGAGGCCCGCUGCCUGUAGAAAUCUCGGAACUUCAUUGGGCCAGCGUAGGAUGUGCCACUGAUUAUCCACUUUGGCCUGGAGGCUGAAUGGGAACCCCCAUUUAUACGGUAUGCGCUUCUCCUGCAACAAGCUUGUGAUGGGUUUUAAAGCUCUGCGGGCAUCCAGGGUCAGCGAGGAAAGGUCGUGAUAGAGGGAGAUUUGUGCGUCGCCAUAUUGAAUGAACCGCUGAGAUCUGGCAGCCCGCAUAAUGGCCUCCUUUAGUGGGAAAGACUGUAAGCAGCAGAUGAGGUCCCUAGGGAGACCAUCUCUCCGCGGGGCUCGGAGUGCCCUGUGCGCUCUCUCAAAGCCGAACUCCACCGGUGCCUCGUCGCCUAGAAUGUGGUGGAAGAGCCCCGUGAGGAGCUCCCUGGGUGAUUCCCCUUCCGACUCCGGCAUACCUCGCACGCGGAUGUUGUUUCGGCGGCCCCUGUUAUCGAGGUCUUCCACCUGGCGUCGGAGGUCCAGGAUGAUGUUCCCCUGUCGAGAAGCCGCCAGAUCUGCUGAUUGUAGGCGGUGAGAGGUUUGUAGGUGAUCUUCCUCCAGGCUGUCCACCCUCUGCUCCAGCACUGCUAGGUCCCUCCUCAUUGCCACGACCUCCUCUCGUAUUGCCGCCCGGAGUUCCGCCACCAUCGCUGCCUUAUCACUGCGAGUCAGCAUAUUCGCAGAGAUCGCUGUCAAGUCAGCUGACAUUUGGCUCAAUGUAUCCCCACCCGGGGAACCUCUGGAGGAGCCAUUUCCGCCACUCGAGCCCGGGGACCCGGGCGCCAUCUUGUCUGGUUCCCGCGCUCCGCCAAGAAUCUGCGGGGUGGAGAGAUAGUCGUCCAUGGGGCCCGGGGUAUAAUGCGUCGGGGCAUGGGAUGGCCUUGGGGUAACCCCUCGCUUAGUUUUCCCCAUGAUUGCGGUGAUUUCGCUUCGUUAACCGGGCGUUUGGCGAGUUGGGGCCUAGGAGCACUCGUCAACUACGUCCUACUCCAUGUACAGCUCGCCCCGCCCCCUUCCCGGAUUUCCUUCUUGAUAAGUUUUACUUUCGCGGUAGGAAGACUGAGCGUUCCGUGUACUGCGUCUAUAUCGAAGCCCAAAAACUCGAGUGUGAAGGUUGUAGGAUCGAUUUGUCCCAAUUGAUUAGGAAACCUAGGUUUUGCAAAAGGGUCACUGUCCAGAAUAGGUGUUGAUUCAGUAGGUGUGUGUCUUGAGAACACUCGCUUCAUAUUAUGUUGUGCCUUAUCUAGUGCCGUAAAUGUGUUUACGUAAUUACCCAGGGUCUUAACAAAAUUGUCUCAGAAUAAGCGACCUUUUGCCUGUGUUCCAGGCUCAGAGAUUGCCAAAUGCACUAGUUUUGGCUCGAUUUUCAUCAAUAUGGCUUUACGCCUUUCUGUGGCCAAAGCGGUGUUGGCAUUUCCUAUUAGGCAUAUGCCCCUCUGAAUCCAGCCUCUGAUGGCCAUCAAGUCAAUUGGGGUCCCCCCAGUAAGGGCCGCUUCGACCAUAUCGAAGAUUUUAGCUAUAGGCCCGAGUAUGUCCAGGAUCUUGUCCUGGCAGUGUUUUAAGGAGUAGUCCAAACCCUUCUUGGCCCUCCAACCUGACUUACCCAGGAAUUGGGCGACCUUGGGAUCCACUUCAGGGGUCACGCAAGCCAUGUCUGGGACAGUGGGCCUUGGGCAUUCCGCCCUCAGUUUGCUUCUUGUGGCCUUGUCGAGGGGUUUUCUGACCCUAGUCGCAAUAUAAACGGCCACAUGAGUUGUGGGGUACCACUCCGCUGAACGCGGAUUAUGCAAGGUGUCGGGAUCAAAAAGGGGUUCCCCUUGGGGGUCUAAUACAGCGGACUCAUCCGUCUCGCGCUCCGCGUCUAAAGCUGGAGGCGCGGUGUCGCUGCGUUCGGGGGACGAAUUGUCUGAAUUAAUUGGGUCGAUGUCAUCGGACCCAUCUGAUACCUCCUCUGAGUCCGAGUCGGAGUCGGACGGAUCAGAUAGGGCUUUUGCCCUCUUCCAAGUCCGCACCGUUUUUGCCCGGCGGGGGGCUCUUUUACGUGGGAGCACCACGUCAUCAAUUUCAACAGGGCGCAACCUGUCCGUCUUACUGGUUCUGGAGGUAGCACCUGACAGAUGGUGCGAUUUGCACGUAGCCUUGCGGCCGCUAGGGACCAUAGGCUUGCUAUCAGUGGAUAUAGGGGGUGCCGAGCCCGGGUUGUGACCGGAUGCCCUAAUAGCAGAGGAAAUAGAGUGGGACAGGGUGUCCGACAUCGCCCCCAUGGCAGUAAAAAUGGCCUGUGUAACAGACCUACUCAUCGUGGCAUCCAGGAGCGCCUGGAACUCCUCUGAGUUCACGUGCUCCUGAGAUGCGUCCCCAACUCCCCCAGUGACAGCAGCGUCUGUAGACAAGGCUGUCUUAUCACGCUUGCUGGGUUUAGUAGGGGUGGGAGGGGGUGCAACUGUCUGUCUGUUUCUCAGCAGGGGACUGCAUAGUGAUCAGGAAUGUGCACAGUAACAGUAGAGGGAGGCACUGAAAUAAACCGUCACUAUUGGACAAAAUGCACACUUUCAGCACUGCAGAGGUUAAUAAAACCAGCAGUAUAGGGCAAGUGGCUGAGCACUUGAGUGAAAUUAAAGGCAGGCACAGUUAUAAAGAGGCACAAAGUAUUUUUGGCACAUAUAAUAUGGCAGCUUACCGAGUGUUCCCUCAGGAAUGACUCCUAGGGGACACUGGUAAGCUGCCCAACACUUCCCUCACCCAAUCAGCUCGCGCCCCUCCCUGUCAGAGUGGCGCGGACCGCGGGCGAAAAGAGCGGCAAAAUUGCCCUCAGUUAAGAUGGCCGCCGCGAUGCGCGAGUGCGGACCGCGCAUGCGCGAGCGGCAGAAACAGCCGCCCGUCCGGCGGUGAAACUGCUCGUUCCGGGCCGGGGGGGGCGGGGGGGGGUGGGGAUAGGAUGCCUGAGUGACCCCCACCCGGGGAAGUGGAAUGAGGGACGGGUUAUAAACAACCCGAAAACGGCAGUGCAGGAUGGGGCUUGCCUCAGGGAGGAGGCAAGCACCCUGCACUGGGAAACAGAGUAAAACAAACAGUAGUCAAAUACACAUAAAAAUUGAAUAUUAGACAAAGAAAAACUGAUAUUUAAAAUGAACAGUAGAAAAACAAUAAGAAUAUGAAUCAGGAGAAAACUGAACAACACAAUAUUUGAGGAGCUGAAAAUAUGUGGUACUUAGCUGAGGCAGCAGCAAAGAAAGAGGAAGUAGUUUACCUCACAUGAAGGGAUAUAGUACAAGGACUGAUCCUAUUGGUUAAUGGAUAUGGAAUGUUAUAUGGUUAACCCUUAAGGGUAUUUGUUUUCUCUUUUUGUUAUUGCUAUAUUAAAAAAUAUCAAUAUCCUUUCUUUGCUGCUGAGGAAUAAAGAAAGAGAUAAAGCCUAAUAAGAGCCUCCGUGUCCUUUAAUAAAAUUAAAGUUGUUCCUAUGUUGGGGAGGAUUAGGCUGAAGCUAUUGGGUGAAGGGGCUCUUGAGAUCAAAAGAUAAGAGGUGCUGAUCUGAGAGAUGUAAUGGAGUAGGUUAAGGGUACUGCCAGCUACGUGUGUGGGAGAAGUAGCCCACUUGGAUAGUCUGCGAGAACAAGAAAAAUAAUUUUUGAGGCUACAGAGAUCCGAGGAGGGGUCAUUGGAAUGUUGAGGUCCCCGAGCAUUAUGGAUAAAAUAUUAUGGAUUUAAUAACUGGACCUAGACCACUUCAUUAAGUUGAAGUAGCCUGGGUAACUAUUGUGGUCUAUUGGCUGUCUGGAUUGACUGCUACCUAGUAAGCAGUCACUGAGUGAAAUUUCAGAGACCUUAGAGUCCCACAAGAAGUGGCACCUAUGCCAUAUGUUUGCAUUUGCUUUCCUAUACCAUUACCCGAAGUUUCAUGUAGAUAUUUUUCAUUUGUAUGCAAUCCUUGAAAUGCCCAUAAAUUGUUAACAGACCUAGGGCAUUUACAUUGCUAAACCCAAUUCUAAACAUUGUGUACUAAAUCUGGGUGUUUCUACUUCGUAUACCCCAUAGGCUAAGUACCUGUUAAUGGUGUUAGGGAGGAACUUGAUGCCAUUUUUAAAAUGUAUGUAUUCUCUUCCCACCCCCCCAGGCAACAGAGAUAUUUGACGCUAUUCUUGAAGGAUACCCAAAGAGCAAGAAACAAUUCUUUGUAAGUGAAUUAACCAUGUUUUAUGUCUUUUGUUUUUUUUUUUAUCUUCACAUCCUCUGUAUUACACAAGAAUUGCAUUUUUAGGAGCUAUAUCUCACUGAGAGAUUAAUGUAUUUUUCAUAUUUAGUGGGAAAUUCUCACUUCCCAGAAUUUUGUAUUCUAUUUACUUAUUCCCUAUUUCAAGGAACACUCCAAGCACUAUAACCACUACAGAUUGCUGUGGUUAGCUGUUCUAGAACGCUUUGACUUCUUACCUCGGGUCUACUAUGGGCUGAUCUUAAUCACAUAAGCCAGAGAGACUGUUCUGUCUAUUUAAAUACAGCUGACCCACUCAACUAUCUGUAGUGGUUAUGAUGCUUGGAGUGUUCCUUUAACAAGAUCUGAGAAUUGAGGAAUAUUUAGCUAUACUUAACGUAAUUUUCUUUUCCUGCUGCUAUCCAUGGCAGCAUGACAAUCGGGUUAGCUCUGCCUACUUGGCUGCAUAGGAUAGAAAAAUAAAGCUAUAAAUACCCCUCAUACUAUAUAGGCUUUCAAAUCUUAAUUCCAAGCUUCUAAAAAAUAAUGUAGGGAUGCAAUGCAUAUAUCCAGGAAAAGAAAAUUACAGUACGUAUGGCAACGUUUUUUCCUUAAUUCUCGUACCUUGUUAAAGAAACACGCCAAUCAUCAUAACCGCUGCUUGGUGUCAGAUGGGCUUAAUCUAACCACGCUAAUCAUCUGAUAGGAGGGAUAUAGAAACAAACAACAAAUAAGUCUUCAAAAUCAGAAAUCUGUUAAAAGGAAUAACAUCCUCUGUAUGUAGAAUGUAUGGAACUUAUCUAAAUGGGCAAUAAGGUUCUUCUCACAGAGUGUCCAAACCGUGCGAUAGGUGAGCUGAGAACAAAACCUAUCCGUUGCACUCAAAAAUAGCGAGACCAUGGCUGUGCAAACGGCAGGACUGCAGAUCCACAACAGCCAUGCUGACUUACCAGCUUUAGAAAUGGCAAAUCACAAUGGAAACUGGAGCUCUACAACACCCAGGGAUACUUCAAUCACCCACUCCUGGGAUAGACCAUAACCCUCAGUUAUACAGACAUGGAAGAAAACCAAGUUAGGAAAUUAAUAAGAAAAAAUGUUAUGACAUGGAAAACCUCCCACUCAUUGUCUAAUGCAGGAGGUACCCAAAAUUUGUAUUUAAUAGAAAGAAUGGGAGAAGAAUUAGGGAAAAAAAGAGCCCACAUCAAAAUACUAUAAUUUAAUAUUAAUUUGCAAUUUUUAUAGCGCUUUUCUCCCUGUGAGACUUAAAGCACUUUCCAAAUAUACAAAUAUAAGUUUCUGAAGGUCAGCUUAGCGUACUAAAGGCCUGAUGGAAGACUUGAGUCUUUAGGUUUUUUUUGUUUGUUUUUUCUUCUCUGAUUGCGCACGGUAAAGAGUUCCAGAAGGUAGUGGCAGCGUGGCUGAAUGCCCUGGAACCUGAGUCUUUCUUUAUUCUUGGCACUGACAGGAAGGAUUUGCUGGUUGACUGAAGUGAACGGGAUGGAAUGUAGGGUGUCAGGAACUCUUUCAGCUACUGUGGGCCUUGAUUGUUUAAGGCUUUGAAGGAUAGCAGGCCAAUUUUAAAAUAUGUACGCCAUUUAAUUGGAAGUCAUGCAGGAGUGGAGAACAGGUGUUAUGUGGCAGGAGCGAGUUUGAUUGGUCGGUAGUCUGUUUGCUGCAUUUUGUACAGUCUGAAGGCGAUUGAGUGCUUUUUCUGGGAGGCCCAAGUAAAGUACAUUGCAGUAAUUUAGCCAAGAAGAUACAAAUGCAUGGAUUCAUGUUGGCUUAUCAUCCGGUGGAAUUAAGUGUUGUAUCCUGGAUAUGUUUUUCAGAUGAAAGUAGGCAGAUUUUAUUACGGAGGAAAUCUGCUGUUUAAAUGAUCGUCCAGAGUCAAUCAGUACUCCGAGGUUUCGUACCUUUUGAUGAACAAACUAUUUCAGAGCCUCCAAGCUCCAGGCCAGUUGGGUGAGCAUGGGUAUUUUUGUUGCCCGGGGUCCCCUCACCAAGAGUAACUCUGUUUUGUUCAGGUUCACUUUAAGACCACUAGCAUUCAUCCAUUCUAUGAGGUCUGCUAAGUAACUGUUUAUGUGGCAUGUUGGGUCUGUGGUAUCUGGAGCAAAGGAGAAGUAGAGUUGUGUGUCAUCCGUGUAACAAUGAUACCUUAGGCCAUGUCGCCUAAUGAUGUCCCCUAGUGGUAGCAAGUAAAUUGCGAAUAGCAUGGGAGACCAGAUGGAUCCUUGUGGAACUCCGCAGGUCAGUUCUGUUGGUGCUGAUGAGCUUGAUCCUGAUGUUACUCUCUGUGAUCUACCAGUGAGGAAAGAUUUUUAACUAGUUAAGGACUGUGCCUCCUAGACCACAGAUGUGCUGCAAGUGCUCUAUGAAAAUCCUAUAGUCAAUGGUGUCAAAUGCAGCUGAGAGAUCCAAGAGGAUUAGGGUGGAGUAAUCACCUUUUGUCUCUCUCCACAAGGAAAUCAUUUAGCUCUCGGACUAGCGCUGUUUUCGUGCUGUGGUGGCAUCUGAAACCUGACUGGAAAGGAUCAAAUAUGUUCAAGCUUGGUAGAUGGGCCUCCAGUUGAAUUGCCACUACUUUUUAAAUUAUUUUACCCAGAAAUGGAAGGUUGGAAACUGGUCUGUAAUUAGCAAUGCAGUCUGGGUCUAAUAAAAGUUUCUUCAGGAGGAUUUUACCACAGCUUUUUAGAGGAUCUGGGAAGUCUCCAGUUUUUAGUGAACACUGCACUAUUUUUGUGACGGCUGGGACGAGUGUUUCAAUGCAUGCAGAUAUAAGCGGAGUUGGAGCAGGGUCUAAGUCACAUGUAGUAGGGUGUAACUUUUGCAUGGGUCUUUUAACUCCCUCUAAAUCCACAUUUGUAAAAGUGGACCAUAAAUUGGGGCAAUCUGGCAUUCCAUUGUAGUGGUUCUGGUGUGUAACGGUUUGACCUGUUGUGAUAGAGGCUCGGAUUGAGGAAAUCCUGUCUCUGAAGAAGAUCGCAAAUGCUUCACACUUAUCUUGAGAAAAGUUGGUGGGGAUAUGCGUGUAUGCUGGUUUGCAGAGCCUUUCUACUGUGCAAAAUUUGCCUGGGUCUAUUGUGGUAGAGUGCAAUUUCGCGUGAUAAAAAUGAAUUUAUUCUGAGUUAUCUUGAUUGAUAUUCAUUUAGAUGUUUGGUAAGAGCAUCUUUAUCUUCUUGAUCAUGUGUCCUGUACCACUUUCUCUCGAGUUUACGGCCUGUUCUCUUCAUUUCUCUGAUAGUGCUAUCAAACCACUGUGCAUUGUUGUGGGUUUUGACAGUGCUUAUGUGUGUUGUUGCAAGGUCUUUCAUGGUUUUGUUGUAGAGUCGGACUAAGGAGCUGGAGUUUUCACAGGUGCCCACUUAGAUCCAUCAUAUUAUUAUUAUUAAUUUAUUUAUAUAGCGCCAACAAAUUCCGUAGCGCUGUACAAUGGGUGGACUAACAGACACAUAAUUGAGAUCACACCACUGACGUACAGGAACAGAGGGGGUUGAGGGCACUGCUCAAUGAGCUUACAUGCUAGAGGGGUUCGAAGGUAUCUGUUCCUUGUAGUAAGAUGGUCCAGUGGAAGUAUAUUUCAACCCGUUGUGUAUCAGUUUAGUAAUGCCAUCCGCUCAAUUUCGGUAAAUCCAAUUGUGUGAUAUGUGGAGUCGAUAUUGGUCAUUGAAAUAUUUGUGAUGAAUUAUGAGUGUAAGGAGGUUAAAAUUAAGAUAAUUCCUGGAGAGGUCAGGAGCCUGAGUAAAGGGUGUCAGCAAGCAGGGGCACCUGAAGAUAUCUUAUUAACCUAAUUACUUAUUAAGAUGUCAAGUAUCCAAAAUUAUUAUUAUUAUUAUUAAAAUAAAAAAAAAAAAUAGUAGAAAGGACCGCACUCCAGGGUCUUUGUGAUGGCUUUCAAAUACAAUUUAACUUUUCCUUAAUCCAAUAAAAGUCAACGUUUCAGCGGGUGUGUUUGUAGUCGGGGCAAUAUGGCCGAACAGAGAAAUCUUAGCAUAAUACAAUCCUAACAUCCAUAAGUAUGCACCAGUCGGUUGUGGUGUGCAGUAGGCCUGUAAUAAAAGUUGGCCCACCUUAGAGGGUGUUAUAAAUAGAGGGAGUGGUGGGAGGGUUGACUCGCCAGACCAGCAACGGUAAGGUGGGAGUGGAUUGGCAGCCCUUUUAAAGGUGAACCAAGCCCCUCCCACAACUCCAGGCCAAGCCUUCAAAUUUGUAGUCGGGGCAAUAUGGCCAAACAGAGAAAUCUUAGCAUAAUACAAUCAUAACAUCCAUAAGUAUGCACUAGUCGGUUGUGGUGUGCUGGAACCGACAAAGCAGUAGGCCUGUCAUAAAAGUGGGCAAAAAGAAAAUAACCAGAAAACAAUUCGUGAACCAACUUCGUUUAUUGAGAUAAGUCACAAAAAGCUUGUCUUAAUUCUUUAACAGGAUUGGGUAUGUAGAGUGUGUAGGCGGAGGAUUUCCAGCGUCCCAUAGCCUUAAUAAUAUGAGCGGGUACGUGGUUAGCGGAUGCGGAAGAUGCUGCUCCUAUACGGAAAGAGUGACCUGAAAAUUGAUUGGGGUUUAGGCUGAGCCUGGUCAACAGAAGUCGUAUGUAUAGCAUGCAUUUAGCUGUGGUCAGAGUGUGUCCAUGCAGUUCAAACAAAGGCUGUUGAGGUUGUUUUUGGACUGAAAGUGAAUAAGUGUCCAAAACUUUAACUGGGCACCAUAUAUUGUGAGUAGGGUACAGCGGAAUAUGAAUAGUGUGUCCAUCGGUGCUGGUUUUGGAUUGUCUUAGAGAGAGAAUGUAAUGGUCGGUAUGUUUCUGUAAAUCAUUGGUUCUAAGGUAGUCAUGUGCGGUGAUGGUUGUGGUUGUGAAUUCGCUAGGCCGGAGGAACCCGUAAAAAGCGAGAUAUAGUGCUGUUUUGAUUAUGUUAUUGGUCAUGGGUUCAAAAGGAGAUGAAUCUAAUAGGUUGGAUAGAGAGUGGAUGAUGUUGUUGUUGUUGUUGUCGUCGUCUAUGGGUAGUCUUUGUGAGGGAACAUGUGUAUCUAAUUUUUUAAUGCCUUUAAGUAAUGUUUUUAUUUGGUAUGAUGUCAAAAAACCCGUAGUGUUAGGUUGUUGGAUAAGCAUAUGGUGUUGGAUGCCGGUAAGGUACAGUUUAAUAGUAUUAAGGGAUAGUUUAAGGUUAAUGUGGCAAAAAGAGGUAAAAACCCAAAAUCGUUUCUAAUGCAAACAUGUCGUGAAUGUGAAACUCGGUGAUACAUUUUUUUUUUUUUUUUUUGAAUACGUGAAAAGCCCUAUCAUAAAGUGUCCCUAGUGUUUUCUGAGAGUGCCAUAUGAGAAAUGUGACGUGCGUGAUCUAACAAGGUCUUUAAUCCAUUAUCAUAUCUUGGAAUAGAGGUGCAGGUGUCGCUCGUCUGGAAGAGUUUGGUAGUGACGAGAGGAAAGCCUGUAAACGAAACAGAGACAAGUGAUCAGCAGAGGUGUGUACCCCAAAAUGUGUAUGCAUGUUAUAAAGAAUUGGCAAGUGGCCGCUACCCAUGUGAGAUGCCUUAGUAGUCUCAUAAUGACCAGUGAUGCCGAUCGGCCUUUAUUGACAAUAUGGCAUGUAGCCAUAUUAUCUGAGUAGCACCUGACUGUGUGGCCAGACCAAUAUGGUCCCCAAGCAAUGGCUGUCGUUUGGGUACAACUCGAAUAAAGCCGAGGUGUCAGAGAAUUUGGGUAGUGAUUUGACUUCGGUCGGCCAAGGACCCCAAAGCCAUUGAUCACACCAGGUGGCGGCAAAGCCUGUGUUAGCUGCGGCAUCUGUCCAUAGUGUAGGUGAUGUGUCGGAGGGGGGUGGUAUAAACAUGGUUCGCCCGUUCCAAGAGGUGAGAAAAACCCACCACAUGCGUAAAUCUGAAGUUGUGUGUACAUCUAACGUGAUAUGUGAAGUGUCCAAGGAAAACAGUGGAAACAAGGAUAACAGGUGGUAUAUAAAAGAUCUACCUUGGGGUAUGAUCCUCAUGUCAAAAUUGAGCGAUCCAAGCAGUGAUUGGAGUUCUUUGCAAUGACCUUGUAGCAGGUAUUGUUCAAUACUUGCCAGGGUAUGCUCAAUCUUGUCCUGAGGUAGACUGGCGUGCAUGUUUAUCGUGUCUAGUUGUAUGUCCAAAAAUUGCAUGUAGGCAUCUGGACCCAAAGUUUUGUGAGGAGAGACAGGAAUGUUAAGAGAUUCAAACAGUGCAAACAAGUGAUUCAAACUACUGGGUGGAAGAGUGUUAUUCUCAAUCAAGAGGAAAUCGUCCAGAUAGUGGAUAACCGAAGGGCACUUGCACACAUUUAGUAACAACCAACAUAAAGCCUCUGCAAACGUGUCAAAUAUACGUGGACUGCUUUUGGAGCCAAAAGUUAGUCUGGUGAAGAAAUAAUACCUCCCUUGCCACUUAAUGCUGUGUAGAUGCCACAGGGAAGGAUGUAUGGGUAGUAGCUUAAAGGCGUUUACCACGUCGGUUUUACUCAGCCAUGCUCCAGUACCCGCUUGAAGAAUGGCCCCUAUGGCAUGGUCGAUAGUGGCGUGGUGUAGUGAAAAUUCUUCAGAAGGUAUUAGAGAGUUAAGGCUGGGGACAGUGGAGGAGUGUGGUGCAGAUAAAUCAAUUAUCCGUCUGGGUUUGAGUGAGGUCUUCCCUGUGACCACCCCUAUAGGAUUGGUUCUCCAAGACGUGAAGGGUGGGGAAAAGAAUGGGCCCAAAAGAAACCCUUGUUCCAACUCAGUUGAGAUAAGAGUGUUAACCAACUGUGGAUCGUCUAAUGUGGAAUGUAGGUUGUCGCAUUCCAGUGUACCGGAGGGUAAAUGGACCAACCCUUUAGGAAAGUUAGGGGUAGAUUGGUUCUGUUCGAUCUCAGCUGUGUUUGGGCAGAGAUUUGUGUGAUGUGCUGUAGAUGCGCAUACUGCACAAGCUGGAGGCCUGAGGCCUGCAAAAUGCCUGCAGAAUAACUCAGUGUCCAAUUUGCUCCAAUUAAUGCUUCAAUUGAACUGAUCCAGAGCUGCAGCCACCUUUGCAGAAAAGGAACAGUGGUAAUCGUAAAAAGCGGUACCACCGUAUUUGUGCCCCAGGUCCACCAUCUUGUGCUCUGCUCUUUUCCCUGGGUAUACUGAGCAGUAAACAUCCCUAUAAAUCCCAAAACCCAGUACAAAUUCAGGGAUUGACAAUUUUUUGUUCAGCCUUGGGUCUCUAGCCCUUAGUACGACUGAUAUAUCCCCAUAUGCAAAAGUCCUAUUCUCUAGGACAUCCUGGGAGGCUAUAAGCAAUGACACCAGGUUGACAUCCUUGCCUUCCAGAAUGUUCUUUUUAAGGUGAGAUGGAACCAUGUGUGAAUGAUUAAUAGCUUCACUAAGCGACACUGAUUCCAAUCAAUUACCAGUUAUGUCAGCAAGAGGGUGACUGGCAACAAUUGGGUUUGUAGCGGUCUGUUUAGUACCAAUUGCUUCCAAUUUAUCCAGUCUAUCGUUAAUUGUGCUGAUGGAUGACAUAAGAGAAGUCAUUGUGGCACGAAACGUUGGCAAUUGUGUGCAACUAGGGCCUUCCACUGCAUCAGAGUUGUCAGUAGCCGUAUUUAAGUCUAAACAACUCUGCCUUCUUAGUAGUAGCUGGGAAAGAGAUGCAGCGUCUUCUAAGUUCUGCAGUGAGACAUGGGAUGGUCCAUGAUCUGAGAGAUGAAGGACUAGCAACAUCUGUUCCAGGAACAGAGGUACCAGGCCUAGCGGGUGUGCAGGGUAGCGAGAGUUCCUCAGGGAUAUCAGGAUUAUUUGACAUAACUGAAAAAUAUAAGGUAGCUUUAAUCAAUCACUCUGUUAUGUUUGAUUGGGUGGGUACUGGUAAGGCUAGCUAAAUACCAAGCGGCGAAACAAUUACACUUCAUGAUGGUGACAGAUGAGUCCCUGCUAAUUGCCAAGUGGCUUGAGAGGCGCCACCUAUGCGUGGGCCCGAGGGGAACGUAUGAGGCCAUCGAACGUUGUGGCGGGGUGUUGGCCUCUCGGUGGCAGUUAAAGCAUAAGAUAGAAUGGGAGUGAUAGGUGAGGCCCUCUCUAUGCAACAAUGCGAGACAGCUAGCUAUGAUUUGGCCCGAGGGGUGUAUUCCUCAGAGGAUGAGGGUGUUGGUCUCGCGGGACCACUAGCCUAUGGAUUAAGACCAGAAAUCUUUCCUAAUUGGGUCACGUAACCUAGGACCAGUACCCCUUAGAACAUGGUGGGGGGGGAAUGGGUUCUGGCGUAGUACCUGAUAUGUGAGUCAGGUUGCGCUGUCGAGGUAGAAGUAACCAGUGACUGUAAGAGUCUUGAGAUGAUUACCUGUGGAAAUGAGAUUUGAUAUAUGAACGUCUGACUGAAACGUAGUGGUAUGGCCAGAUUGUGGGCCCUAAAAACAAGAACCUACCCAACACUGCAGAGGGUAGAUUUAACGACAAUGAUGACGGUUUUCGUGCUUGUAAAAGCUACCGUUCAAUGGAAAAUAACCUAAAAGAGUAAAAUACAUGCUUAACUAAUUUAAUUUGUAUCAUUGGUCUUUGAAAUUAAAAGCAUAAUUAAAUAUCAACCAACCUAUAAGAAAUAAUUGAUACAAGUGUCAGAAUUCACAAUUCCAAGUACGAACCACUGGUAUGACUCUGUGGGGGGGGGGGAAUCAGGAAAUCAGGACCCAUCAUCCUGGUUUAAAAAAUUCCAAUUUCAUUAAUAGAUUUUAUAAAAGUGACUGCAAUAACGUUUGUAACCAGUAGGGGCAAAAUCCCCAUGGAGUACCGGCUGAAUUCGUGGUUAUACGUGAGUUUGUGUAGUUGCCGAAGAACUAUGUAGAGUGUAGAAACAAACGAAUAGAUACACCAUAAGUGACAUUCGAAAACCAAACCGAUUGAUGUUAUACGUAUAUAACCGAAUUAUAUCGUUCGUUAGUUUUAGAACAAGUGAACGUGCGAUUAGCUGAGGGAAUUUUAAGGCGAAUGCCAUAAUGAUUAAAAGAAAACAAACCGAAUGCCGGUUUGAACCGAACGGGGCUCCUGACUUAUGGUUUUCGUGAAGAAGAAGUAACGAGCGGGCUGUGCGGACGCCGGCAACGGGAAGGAGAGCCAGGGAAGCACCGGACCAGGAGACCAUGAGGGAACAGGUAAGGAAAAAUCCAAGAUGGCGGUCUGAACCGGAAGUAAAUGUUUGACUCGCCAGACCAGCAACGGUAAGGUGGGAGUGGAUUGGCAGCCCUUUUAAAGGUGAACCAAGCCCCUCCCACAACUCCAGGCUAAGCCUUCAAAUAUAUAUAAAACAGGAGACUAAUCUAACUCAAGGAAAAUAUUACACAUUUUGGAAAAUGAAAUGCAACCGGUGUGUUUUCAAUAUACAAGGAGCACAUGUAAAUGGGUUGUAGAGUUAUGUCACAGAACUACAGGGAGUGAGGGGAUCAGAUGAAACAAAGAUAGAUUCAAACCUCGGACCACCUAUACCAGCAAUCUUUAAUAACCAACUGGGACAGGCUGACAAAAGUUAUAAAGAAGCAUUAUGGACACAUAAUAGAACGUCCACACAACAACAACCACCACCAGCCAGGGUAUCGACACAAGAACUGAUGCAUCACCUUGGAUUCCAUGCAUCCUAUCCACAUCAUCCAGCAAACAGUGCUGAUCCCCUGAAGUGAGGCUCGAGGUGGAACGCAUUGUGGCACGCACGCCGUCCUCACUGGCGAUCAGAAUUUGAAAGAUAGGAUCACGAACAAUAUCCAAAUACAUCCGUUCCUGGUAAUAAGGUUGCUCUGUAUCUUUUACCCUAAAUUGACUGGUUUUUAUAAGGUGGACUCAUUUUUAAUUAUAUUUUUUAACUAUCUUGGAAUAAAUUUGUGUUUUUUUUUAUUGCUUACAGCAACCAGUUCCAUGUACUGGCUCUGCUAGAUUAUAACAUACAUUGAUUUUUUUUUUUUUUCCUGUUAAUUGGUACAGAUAUAACAAUUUUAUUCAUUUUUGCUACCUCCUUUCACUCCUAAGUAUGAGUUUCAGCUAUUACAGGGUUUUAAUUUUUUUAAGCAUAUAUAAAGUUAGUGCAUCUAAUGGAAACACCCUUACAAUGUGUAAUGAUUACCCAAAUUUCAGAUCUGUCAGGUUAGGGAGUGUCUAUAAACUUGUAGCAGUUUGGAGGUUUAAGUCAUAGAUUAGUGAGUAAGCUGUCUGUUGCUGAUCUUUGCACCAUUUUACAGGAAGAAGUUGGGGUGGAAACAGACGAAGAUUACAACGUGACUAUACCAGAUGUGUGACAUACUGACAGUUCAUCCGACAAGAGUUGAAUAGCUCCACUUUUGAAUGUUGUAAAAUAUUUUGUACAGAGAGGUUAAGUGAAACCAAAGCAGACCAUGGACCUGUGGUUUUUAUAAUUUCCAUGACCAUUUUGAAAGAAAUGCAGAGAAGUUGAUUUCUUCUUCUGUUUAAGACUUUUUUUUUUUUUUUGGCUAUGAAGAUUCCAACCCAUCUGGAAAUAUAGUGAAUUCAAGAGUUCCUUAAUUGUUUAAUAUAUUUUCAACAAGGCUUCUAAAAUGUACAACACUCACGUACACACUUAUGUAUUCAUGACAUGCUUCAUUUUUAAAAUCAAAAAGCAAUUAAGAUUCAAAAUUUUAAAAUGUAAAGUAUUCACUGCUUGAAAUGUUUUGAUAAUUGACCAAUGUACAGGUGGAAAAUGUGGCUUGAGUGAAUAGUUUCACCAUAAAAUUACUAUUUGGAUGAAUGGAUUAAAGCCCAUACUAUGGAUCAUCCUAAUUCAUAGGUCCACAUUCAUAUGGGUUAGAUGUAGUCUUAACACUACCACCAGAAGCUGUUUAAAUUAAAAGCUUGUUGCCCUGGAGUAAAUGAAGCAGGUACCCACCCCCAAAUUACAGAGUUGGCAACCUACAAUACCUAGAUUGCCCUUUAAACUAAAUCCAUACACGAGAUUUUAACUUUGCCAAUGUCUUCUGAAGAUUAGUAUCUCCCAUUACAGGAACAGGGAAUCUUACACGAACAAGAGACUUUUUGUACUGAGUUUAGUUUUGUGUUGACUGUAUAUAUAGUCUCUAAAUUUUUUACUAAUCUACACUGACUGUAAAAUAAAUGUUACCUGUUGCUGCUCUAAUUUAAGUAUACCUAACAAUACCUCUGUACAAAAUGAUAUGAGCUGCAAAACACCACGGAAAUGGGUUUAGUCUGUAAACUGAAAAAAAACUAAAACCGUUGCACUGGAAAGUUCUUCCAAUCUUAGCCUAAAUUUUGCAAUUCAAAUUUCAGUUUUGCCCAACUCACUACUCACACCCAUUUAAUUCAAAUGUUUUGAAUACAAUGAAAAUACAUUGGGUAAACAAUUUUAUUGAAAAAGAAUUCAGUACAUAAAAAAGCAAGAAUUUUUCACUUUUUGAAUAACCUUGCUUGUAGAAAUCAUAAGCACCAUCUGUGUAAUACAAUUUGAGCUGAAAGAGUGCAUGUAUUUGCUUUCAUGAGAUGCACAUUAACUUUUUCAGAAUAAAUCCACUGCAGAACGGACAUGAACCUUAAAGGGACCUGUAGAACAGCAGGGUUCAGACUGUCACCAUCAUUUUAUAUUUCAAAAGAAAAGCAACAUUUAUUUGUGUUUGAAUAUACAAGCAGUGUUUUCUGUCACCACUUGUGUGUAUUUUUGCAUUACUCCUUAAGGACAAAAAUAUAGCUUACCCGAUCGCUGCUGUUCCCCCGCCGGUGAUCGGUGUUGCCCCGGUCUGGGGGGGGGGGGUCUGCCUGACAGUCCCCCUAGGCAAAUUAGGCCCCCGCGGGCCAUGUGAUCGUUUUGAAAGAGCAAUCACAUGGCUGCAAUAGGCGUCCAUAGUGCUGCCUGGCUAAAUUGACAGGCAUCUCCCUGCAUAUAUAUAUAAUAUAAUAUAAUUAAGUAAAUACAUGUAAAAAUUUUAUAUAUACCUGUAUAUGCAAUUUUAUUAAUCUAACUAAGUCCAUAGAAUUUGAAUAGCUAGCACUGUAUUUAACCUUGUAACUUUCCAUGACAACCUAAAACCUGUAUUUGGGGGGGGGGGGUUCUGUUUUACUUGGGAAACUUCGCUGAACACAAAUAUUAGUGCUUUAAAACCGUAAAACAUAUCACAGUGAUGAUAGUCAGUGAAAGUGAAGUUUUUCAUACACAAACGGCACUUUCACUGAUAUCAUUGUUGCGAUGCGUUUUACUGUUUUGAAACACUAAUAUGUGUUCAGCAAAGUCUCCCAAGUAUAACAGUACCCAGUUACAGGGUCAAAUAUAAGGCUUGAUUUUCCAAUUUUUUUUCACAUUGAAAUUUGCCAGAUUGGUUAUGUUGCCUUUGAGAGCGUAUGGUAGCCCAGGAAUGAGAAUUACUCCCAUGAUGGAAUACCAAUUACAAAAGAAGACAACUCAAGGUCAUUUUUACUUUUUUUUAUUUUUUAUUUAUUUUUUUAGUAGCCACUUUGUCACAAACACUGGCUAAAGUUAGCAUUCAUAGUUGUUUUUUGCAUUUUUAACACACAAAUAUAAAUGCUAACUUUGGCCAGUGUUUGUGACUAAGUGGCUACUAAAAAAAGACUGGACAUAACGCACAUUGAAUACCCAGGGUUGUCUACUUUAACCCCUUAAGGACACAACUUCUGGAAUAAAAGGGAAUUGUGAUGGAAGAUUUCCAUCAUGUGUCCUUAAGGGAUUAAAAAAAAUAUAUAUAUAUAGUGUGUGUGUGUGU